AUGUUACGAUCACUUCGAGGCUUAGUUGUAGGCCUCUUACCAAAUAACAUUGAACCAAAUUACGAAUUGAUCCAUCCAAAUGGAAUUUCCUCACCAACAUCACCAACGUAUGCUGCCAAGAACGAUGCAUUAUCUCAAUUGGGAUUAUUCCUUACACGAUUCCUCUUCUUCCUUCUACCUUCGCCUCUACAACGACGCCUUCGACCGGCUCAUUUUAAGCCUCAACGGUUAUACCCAACAUCCUACCUCGAUGGACUUCGUGGAGUCGCUUCGCUGCUUGUAUUCUUUUGUCAUUUCACCGAGAAUAAUGUACAAUUCAUGUUACCCUCAUAUGGCUUGCCAAUAGGUGAUAUUGUUCCAUCCUCUUUCAUGCAACUUCCUUUCUUUCGAGUACUUUACAGCGGACGACCCAUGGUUCACAUCUUCUUCGUUAUAUCUGGAUUUGUUCUAGCUUUGAAACCCUUAAAGCUAGCUCGAGCACAAAAUUAUGGCAGUCUUCAAACAACUUUGUCAUCAUCCGUCUUUCGUCGUGGAAUGCGACUUUUCUUACCCACUACCGCCUCUACGUUCAUGGUUAUGAUAUUUAUUCACAUGCGCUGGGUCGGAGUUGUAGGACUUGAGACGCUCUCCCUUCAAAUUAUGGAUUGGAUGCAGGGGGUCUGGAUGAUAGGUUAUUCCUGGGACUGGGACAAAUUGUGGUGGCCAAAGUACGAUGUUCAUGUCUGGACCAUUCCCAUUGAGAUGGCACAAUCCAUGUUUCUGUUCGUUACUAUUACCGGUUUAGCCAGAUGCAAAGUUUGGAUUCGUCUUGUCAUGUUCGUUUUGAUUAUGUUCUAUUGUCUUAGGUGUGGACGAUGGGCUGCAUUCGAAUUCAUUGGUGGCGCGCUGGUGGCAGAAGUAGGACUGAUUCAACAAGCAAGAGCUGAACGAGACCUCAAUAAGGAGAUGCCGGUCUCGGAUGAAGAAUCUUCCAGUUCAUGGAAAACAUCAGCCGUCUAUGCAUUUUGGACCGCCAACUUUAUCUUUGCCAUGUGGAUCGCAGGAUGGCCAAACCAUGAUGUAAUGAUGACUCCUGGACUUAGUCAAAUUGCGCCUUACACAAUGGAGCCAUUUUGGUCCCAGAAGCGAGAGGAGGAACAAGCUUUUUUUUGGUUCGCGAUAGGGGCCAUGCAAACUGUCUUUGCUUGUCAACAACUUCCUCUGUUGCAAAAAUUCUUCACCUCUGGACCAGCGCAAUAUCUUGGUCAUAUUUCAUAUGCAUUAUACCUUAUGCAUGGACCGGUUCUCGACGUAUUUGGUCAUCGUUGGAUGCCAUAUGUUUGGUGGUCAGUAGGUGGACUCGAGGACGUUGGUAUGUGGGCUCGAACGUUUGCUUGGUGGGCCGGAAUGCUUGGUUUGGCAAUACCCAUUUUCUGGGCCGCCGAUGUUUUUUGGAGGGCCGUGGAUACUCCUUCGGUACAAUUUGCAAAGUGGUUAGAGGAGAAAUGCAUUGUGAAGGAAGAUUGA